AUGAAGUUCUUACAAACGUUUAUCACAAUCAACGCACUGCUGUUUGCAGCGGUGGAGGCGAGUCCUGUUGUCGAGUUCAGUGCGCAGGGUGAGGUUGCUGUUGCCGAGGCGAACAAGGCAUUUGAGGAGCCAUCAUUCCAGUGGGCUGAUAUUCCUCGGUUGUACAAGCGUGCUCGAGUUGGUGGUAGUCGCGUUGGCUCCUCCGGUUCGCGCUCUGGCUCUACCUCCUCUGGCUCGUCCUCUUCCGGUUCAACAACCGGUUCGUCAGGAUCUACUGGUUCCUCUUCUGGCUCGACUACGGGCAACAGAGGUAAUCCACCGCCCUACACCGCCGGCGCUUCCCCACCACCAUACUCCUCCAUCUCCAAUGCCGGUGGACGAACAAUCCGAGGCUCGGGUACACCUAAGGCCUCAGGUGGCUACUACUCCGGCGGUUCCGCAGUCCCCUACCGUGCUGGUGCCCGCAGCCCCAUUGGCAUCUACCCCUUCUUCCUCCCUCCCUUCUUCCUCUUUGGCGCCUACGGAGCCUACUCCUACGGCUACUACGGCUAUCGCCUCAACCGCACCGAAACUUACCACAACGAAACCACAAACGCAAAUCAGACCUUGCCAGUCGUCUGUGUCUGUCAGGAAUACGAGACAUGUGGCUGUGACGCGAACGAUGCGGGGAAUUUUACGUUGCCGGCGGGAGUGUCCAGUGCGGUUAUUAACGGGACGGAGUAUGCCAUUGUGAACGGGAGUUUGGCGAAUGGAACUACCAGUGAUGGAGGAACGGACGCGAGUAGCGACAGUGAGAGUACCUCCAGUUCUUCGAGUUCGAGUGAGGCGAGUGCGGCUAUGCCGGUGAGGGCGGAGACGUUGGGGUGGGCUGUUGUUGGAGCCACGUUGAUGGGGUUGGCGAGUCAGGUGAUGUAA